AUUCCAGAGCCCCUCAGGCACCAUCUCUCUCUCUUUCUCUUCUCUUUCUCUCAAGCAAAUCAUCAAACACAUGGCAGUAAUUCGCGACCGCAGGCCUCCCAACCUCAAACUCCCCUUACCCGAGCCCACCUCCGUCGGCCCUACCUCCCGGCCUCGCUUCCCUCUCCCUCUACCCCCAACCACAACCACCACCGCCUCCUCCUCCAACAUCGACCGCCUCUCCGACCUUGAGCGCCUCACCGUCCUCGGCCACGGCAACGGAGGCACCGUCUACAAGGUCCGACACCGCCGCACACACGCCUUCUACGCCCUCAAGCUCGUCCACUCCGACUGCGACACCACCUCCCGCCGUCAGAUCCUCCGCGAGAUGGACAUCCUCCGCCGUACGGACUCUCCCUACGUAGUCCAAUGCCACGGAAUCUUCCAGAAAUCCUGCGGCGACAUCGCUAUCGUCAUGGAGUACAUGGACAGCGGCACGCUCGAGUCCGUCCUCCACCGAUCUGGCAUCUUUUCCGAAAAUGCCCUCGCCUCCGUCUCCAAGCAGGUCCUCGAAGGCCUCAGCUACCUCCACAGCCACAAGAUCGUCCAUCGCGACAUCAAGCCGUCCAAUCUCCUCCUCAACUCCAAGUCCGAGAUCAAGAUCGCCGACUUCGGCGUCAGCAAGAUCAUGUGCCGCACGCUCGACGCGUGCGACUCCUACGUUGGCACGUGCGCCUACAUGAGCCCCGAGCGCUUCGAUCCCGACACGUACGGCGGAAACUACGACGGCUACGCCGGCGACAUCUGGAGCUUGGGCCUGACGCUCCUUGAGCUCUACAUCGGCCAUUUUCCCUUUUUACACCCGGGCCAGCGCCCCGACUGGGCGACGCUAAUGUGCGCCAUAUGCUUCGGUGAGCCACCGAGCUUGCCGGAAACCGCGUCCGCCGAAUUCCGGAGCUUUAUCAAGUGCUGCCUGCAGAAGGAUUCAAGCCGGAGGUGGACUGUGGCGCAGCUCCUGACGCAUCCGUUUGUGACGAGGAAAAGGGAUCUGACGGCUGGAUUUGAGGGUCUCUCGAUAUCAUGAACGGUUCUGAUGAGAGAGAUUUGCGGGUUUGUACAUACAUCGCGACGGACUCGCUGAGUACUUAAGAAAUUAGUGACAUUUUCACAGUAAAUCAGCUGUUGAAGUCGGUGGAUUUUUUCCUUCUUUUUUUCUUUAAUUUGUAAUUAUUAUAUAUUAGUUUCUUAAUAUUUUAAAUCUCAAGGAAAAUUAGGUCUCUGACUAUCA